AGUUCGAUUUAACACUCCCAAAAUGUUUCGUUUCGUUUUUUUACUGGGAAUUUCAUUCUUCAGUUUGAGUUAUUCCUACAGGCUCAUGGAUAUUCAUGACGAUUUUCCGACUUGUCCUGCGAAUAAUAAGGAAAUCGAGAAAAUUAAACCAAUAGAUAAGCACGAGAAUUUAUAUAACGAUAUCAACAGCAAGGUUGAGCAUAAAACUCAACAAAAUGAAAAUAAACCAAGCAACUGGCUGAUGCAGAUCAUUAAGAUAAUAACCAUACCCAUGGAAACGCAUCAGGGAUUCGGAAAACACCAUGAAGAAGGCAUCAAUAGAUUACCUAAGCGAGACCGUCACAUCUCACAACUACAACCAAAAAGCGAAGAUGUCUACCAGCAAACCCAAACCGAAAGAACUCCCAAAAUUGUGCUCUUAAUAAAAGAAAGGCCCCACGAUGAAGAACUCCGUGUAAAAAAGAGAAAUCCAUAUUUAUAUCAUUUCAUGUGAUGCCUAUUUUCCAACCAAUUAAGCAUACACUUGUUUAAAGGAAACCAAUGAAUUGUUAUAUCUCUAUUUCAUUUGCAUAUAGCCACAUGUGCUGUGACACACCCUCAUCAUCAAAUCUCAUAUAGUUUUAAAGAUCUAUUACCCCUAAUUAGGGAAACUUUGUACCGAACACAUGUUCCCAGCUCAGAAAGCAAUAAAUUAAAUCAUUUUCCUGCUGUUGCGGCAAAGGAUUUGAAACUU